AUGAACAAGGCCAAAUCAAGAUGGAAGAAGGCCGGCAUGCUCGUGCGCGCCGGCCUCACCGUGAAGAAUAUCGCGACCACGGGAUUCGAAGUACUCGACGGCAAGGGGCUGCCCGUGGAGAUCGUCGACGGCGCCUCGGGGACGACGACGCUCGAGGUCAUGCCCCUGGGCUGCAGCCUGAAUCUCGUGCGUCGCACCGCGCGCUCCAGUUUUGGCUACACGCGCAAGGUCACGGUGGACAUGGUGCCGCCGCGCGCGCCGGGGCAGGAGCGGCGCGACACGGGUUCCCAGCGCCACCUCGGCUCCGUCGAGGAGCGCGUGCCCGUGAAGCGCCUCGCGGACUGGGAGGACCUCUGGCGCGAGUGGAGCGACAAGUGCGGCGAGCGGCGCGCGGCGGAGGUCGAGUGGCGCGUGCUCAAGAGCUCGGGCGUCGCGCGGAACGCGGAGCGCGGCGACGGCGAGCGGCUCGAGGCGCUCGAAGCCCUCGAGGCGCUCGUCUGCCUGCGGGCGAACCUGCACGGCGUCGACGUCGGCAUGCUGCGCGCGUUGAACGCCGUGCUCGACGCGAGCCGGGGCGACCUCGCGCCGACGGCGCUCGCGGUCGCCGCGGCGCGCGUCGUCUGGCGGCUCGCGGUUCACCCGGACGGCCGCGUCACGGCGCUCAUCUGGGACCAGAACAUCGUGCGCACGCUCGCCCUCGCGGCGAACGGCGCCGCUGUGCCGCCGCGGGACGGCGACCCGGGCGACGCCGCGGAUGGAGCCGCGAAGAUCGACGCGGCGGCCGAGGGCGACUGGUUCGCGCACGCGGCGGCCUGCGUGGAAAUCAAAUCUUCAACCCGACUUCAAUGUGAGCGUAUUCGAACGGCGGCGGCGCUCGCGGCGCUCCUCGAGUCGCCCCACGCGCGCGCCGUCUACGAGCAGUUGGCCUUCGACCCCGUGCCCGCGCUCCUGCGCCUCGUCGACGCGUCCGCGGAGCCGCCGGCGCCGUCGCCGGACGCGUCGCCCGCGGCGCGCGCGCGGUCGCUCGAGGCCGGCGCGGCCGCGCGGGCCGAGCGCCGCGCGGGGACGUCGCGGCGGCGCCGGACGGCGGCCGUCGCCGCGGCGGCGGCGGCGACGUGGCUGCGGAGCGUGCCGCGCGCGCGCGUGACGCUCGCGGCGGCCGCGGGGCUGCGGAGCCGCGUGCUCCACCUCCUCGCGGCGCCGGCGCCGGACGUGGCCCUGGGCGCGGCCCAGGUCGUGUCCUGCGUCGUCCGCGACCGCGCCGCGCGCGCGAGCCUCGAGCCCGAGGACGCGGCGGCGCUCGGCGACGCCGCGGCCGCCGACGCCGCGCGGCGCGUCGCCGCGCACCUCGCGGCCUUCGUGGGCCGCGUCGCCGCGCGCGGCUCGGACGCGCCCGCGGCGCCGUGGGACGACGGCGACGUCGAGGCCGCCGUGGCCCUCUGCGACGAGGCGCGCGACGGGCCCGUGCGGGGCCACGGCACCGUCGCCGUCUGGGCGCUGCUGCGGCGCGUGGAGCACCGCGGCGCGGCCGCGCGCGGCGGCGCGGCCGCGCGCGUCCUCGCGGGCCUCGGCCUGCGCCGAAUUCAACCACUGCUCGGCCUCGGCGCCGCGGCGCGCGACGUGAGCGACGCCGUCGCCCUCGCGGCGCUGGCGCUCCUCGCGCGGGACCCCGACGGGUCCGCCGAGGUCGUCGAGGCCGGCGGCCUGCCCCGGCUCUGCGAGGCCGCGACGCGCGCGCAGGCGGCCGCGCGCGUGUCGCAGAAGCCCGACGUCACGAAAUUCGUCCGCGUGCGCUGCCUCGCCGUCGCGGCGCUCUACGCCAUCGUCUGCUCCGGCGCGGCGUCCGAGGACCGCAUCGCCGCCCUCGACGACCUGCCGACGCCCAUCAUGUUCCUGUUGGCCGCGGACGGCGCGCCCGAGGCCGCGGCGCCCAAGCCCGCGGCGCGGCGCCCGCUCGACGACGACGCCGCCGCCGGCGAGCGCGCGUCCCUCGCCCUGGCGCUCAAGUCCGGCGCCGUGCUCCUCGCCGUGGCCAUGUGCCAGCAGUCGCAGCGCCAGCGCGCGUCGCUCGCGCGGCACGCGUCCGACGGCGCGCUCGAGGCCAUGGUCGCGGACCUCGCGCGCGUCUCGGGCGGCUUCCUCGCCGCCGAAGACGUCGGCGCCGACGCCUGGGCGACGCCCCGCGCGGCGACGCUGUCCGCGUCCGUGCGGGCCAUCGUGCUCCUCACGACGGGCCCGACGGCGCGGCGGCGCCUCGGCGCGGACGCGCGCCUCGUGGGCGCGCUCGCGCGCGUCGCCUACCACGGCGAGACCUUCCGCGGCGGCGGCGGCGGCGACGUCGCCGGCGGCGUCCGCGCGGUCACCGAGGACGCGUUCCGCGCGCUGCUCAACCUCUCCGUGGAGCCGUCCGCGCGCGUCGCCAUCUGCGCCAAGGCGCUGCCCCUGCUCCUCCGCGUCGCCCGGUACGACGCGGCGCCGGACUUUGGAUCGCCGGGCCGCGGCGCCGACUUCGGCGACUUCGGGCGCGCCGUGCUCGCGAACCUGCUCAGCGACGCGCCGUGCCGCGCGGCGCUCUACCGGCGCCGGCCGGCGUCCCGCGACCGACGUUCGAGAGAUUUGUGGACCGGGACGACGAUCGCGACCGACGCGCGCGGUAGGCACCAGCUCGCGGAAGCGUCCGCGGGCGUCGCGGGCCAGCGCGCGCUCGUGGAGCGCAAGAAGCGGCUGGGCUGGGGCGGCGCGGGCGGGCUCCUCCGCGGGUCCGCGACGAACCUGUGGCAGGCCGCGGGGUCGCCGCUCGAGGAGGCGAACGCGACGCUCCGUUCGACGCGGCUCCUGGGCGGCGGCGCCGAGGACCCGAGCCGCUGGCGGCCGCCGAUCAACCGCUUCGUGGGCGUCGACGACCCCGCGCGGCCGCGGCCGCCGAGCCGCGCCGCGGCGUCGCCGGGGCCCCUCGCGAGGCUCGACCGGCCGCCGGCCGUCGCGCUCUUCGACGACGGCGCGUCGCGCGAGGGCGGCGACUCCCGCGCCGUGAGCGACCUCGGCUCGCGCGACUCCGCGCCGCGGCGGCCCCGCGCGGGCGAGGCGGGCCGCCUCGCGCGGUCGCUCGGCCGGCCCGGCGACGCGGUCGCGCGCCUCCAGCGCGAGCAGGCGCGGGACGCCGCCGGGGGCCUCGACGACUCGUCGACGACCAAGGGCAAGAAGCUCGCCGCGGCCCUGGCCGAGGACGAGGCCGCGGCGGGCGCGCGCGCGGGCCGGCCCGCGGCCGCGGGCGCCCGGGGGCCCGCGGCGUCCUGGGUCAUGCUGUCGCCCACGGAGACGGCGGAGCGCGAGUGGUUCCACUUCGCGGGCGACGGCCGGCGGCGCACGCUCGGCGGCGACGCGCCGCGGCUCGCCAAGUGGGGCCGCGUCGCCGGCAGCCGCGUCUGCGACGGCAUGUUCAGCGAGCGGCGCUGGGACCCGGACGACCGCGAGGACGAGGGCGGCUUCUACUUCUACCACCGGCCCAAGACGCCCUGCGCCGCGUCGGCGCCGUCGUCGCUGCUCCACCUGCCGCCGCCGGACGCCGUCGCCGCGCUCGGGCCCGGCGCGCUCCGCGACGGCCCGGGCCUCGGCGCCGCGCCGCCGCCCGCGGCGCCGCCCGCGGUCCUGCCGCCGUCGGCGCCGCGGCCGCCGGACGCGCCGCGGCCGCCGGACGCCCGGGCCGGCGCGCCCGGCGCAUGCGGCGCCGCGCCGCCGCCGGGCCACGUCGCGCCCGCGCCGCUCACGCUCGUCACGGGCCAGCCGCCCGAGCCCGGCGACGACGCGCCGAGCGACGCCGACGAGUCCGACGAGGAGGAGCCCUUCGUGCUCGAGGGGUCGACGUUCAACCAGCGCCAGUACCAGACGCGCGACUGCGUCUUCGAGGACACGGACAAGGUCUGCGAGGCCGCGUGCGCGGGCGACUGGGCCAAGGCGCUCGAGCAGCGCGCGUUCGCGACGUGCGUCGCGUCCGCGGAGCGCGAGGUGGCCACGGCCGAGGGCCGCCUCCACGCCGCCGCCGUGCGGAAGUCGGAGGAGCGCGCCGCGGCGCUGGCGCUGGCCAAAGAGGCCGCGGAGCGCCGCGCGGACGAGGACGACGGCGACGACGACGACGACCUCGACAGCUUCGAGCGCGAGGCCAAGGAGCGCGACGCCUUCAAGGACGUGCCCGACGAGGUCCACGUGCCGCCGCCGCCCGCGCCGCCCGCGGAGCCCGACGCGGUCUUCGCGGCCGUCGCCGCCGCGCUGUCGCGGUCCGACUUCCGCAAGAUCUGCUACCUCUUCGACCACUACUGCGCGCUCCAGGCCCUCGGCGCGCCGAAGAAGGCGGCGCGCCGGAGCAGCCGGGGCGACCGGGGCGACGACGACGCCGCGGCGGCCGCCGCGGGCGGCGACGACGACGACGCCGCGUCGCGGAGCUCGAGCUCGUCGUCCGACGACGACGGCGGCGACGACGCCGCGCCCAAGGGCGGCGACCUCUUCUUCCUCCACGAGCAGCACCUCCUCGCCUGCCUCGGCGACCUGGGCGUGCUCGGCCAGGCGACGGCCGCGCAGGCGCGGCUCGCCGACGCGCAGGCGCGGAGCAUCUUCCAGCUCGCGACGGGCACGCAGGCGACGCGGCGGCGGGGCAACGUCACGGCGACGACGACCUUCCUCCCCGGCGCGGACCGGGGCGGCCUGGGCCUCGCGCCGAGCCAGCGCGGCGGCCAGGGCGUCAUCCUCGGCAACGCCGCGGCCGCGGCCGCGGCCGUGCUCCCGGGCUUCGAGGUCGACCGCGAGCAUAGCGUCGCGCACCCGGGCGGCCCCGGCGGCGGCGACGACUCGCAGGACGACGCGAGCCACGGCGACGCGUCGACGGUGGGGUCGCUCGCGUCGCCGGACCCCCGGAACCGGCCCGCGGGCUCCGCCGAGGGCACGCCCGACGGCUCCGAGGCCGGCGACGACCGGCCCGCGGAGCGGAAGAAGAAGAAGACCAAGGCCGAGCGCCAGGCCGAGGCCAUGCUCAACUUCGCCAUGUCCACCGCGGGCAUGGGCGGCGGCCGCGACCGCGCCGCGUCGGGCGACGUCGACCGGGCCGCGCCGCCGCGGCUCGACCGGGCCCGGUUCGUCGAGGUGCUCGUGCGCGUGGCCCUGCAGCUCUACAUGGGCCUCAAGCCGCCGCCGCGGCCCGCCAAGGCCAUGGCCAUGCUGCUGCAGCAGGUCGCGCUCCGCGCGCCCCGGGCCGCGCUCGAGCCGCGCGACGGCUUCCGGUCGCUCUUCUACACGCGGGACGUCGAGCGGGGCCUCGGCGCCCACACGCGCGAGCUCCAGCGCCUCUUCGUGAGCCUCUCGACGAGCGACGACGACGCGAGCCACGUCCGCGCGCACGUCAACGGCCACCUGUCGCUCGAGAAGUGGCUCGCGUUCCUCGAGGACGCGGACCUGGACCGCACGUCCUACCUGGACCUGCCGCCGGACGCGGCCUACCACGCCUUCUGGCGGUCGCGGCCCAUCGCGCCGGACUCGCGGUCCGCGGACGAGGAGCCGGGGACGCAGCGCUACGUCGACUUCCUCGAGGCGCUCUGCCGCCUCGCCGACGCGGCGACCGUGCCGCCCCUCGUGCUGCGGACCCACCCCCUCGACGCGGAGCGGGCCAUCGAGGACGAGGCGGCGAAGAUCCGGCGCCUCGCGGACGAGGCCGCGGCCCGGGAGCGCGCGGCCAAGGACGCGGACCUGCCCGAGUUCCACGUGCCCGACGGCGAGGGCCCGGCGCUCGCGAACCUCGUCCACGGCCUCGUCGCGCAGGCCAAGGAGGACGGCGCCGCGGGCGACGACGCGGACGCGGCGCCGCCGGACGGCGGCGACGACGGCUCCGUCGCGUCGACGGCGAGCUCGAGCAAGGCGAGCAAGGCGAGGAGCCUCCUGAGCCUCAACGAGCCCCCGAGCGACAAGAAGCGCGCGCGGCUCCUCGCGCGGAAGCUCGACUACCUCCUGCGCUACCUCCUCUGCCGCGCGGCGCUCAAGCUCGAGGGCGGCGCGCUGCCGGGGCCCAAGCCCCUCUGCCUCGUGCCCAAGUACCUGUCCAAGGCCCAGCUCGACGACCCCAAGUCGCGGGCGACCUGGGCGCCGCCGCCGCCGCCGGGCUCCGAGGACGCGAGCGCGAAGAGCGCCGACAAGGCCGCGCCGCCGCCCUUCUUCUCCUUCGGGGGCACGCCGCCGUCGCCGGCGGGCAAGCGCGCGUCGCGCGACAAGGACCCGCGGCCGAGGAAGGGGUCCCGCGACGACAAGUAA